AGGAAAAAAUUAUGGUAAAAUCAUAAUCCACCAAAUCAUCACAAAUAGUCAGAAUUAAACAGGACAGAAUUAGCUUAAUUAUAAAUAUCAAAUCCUCAUUUUUAAAACUUCACCCCCAAAAACAGCCCCAAUGAUCUGAACUUUUAUCCCUUCCUACAAUUUGGGCGUCGCCUUUCCCUUCCUCUCCGCACUUCCAUAAACACCCUGAUUCCCACUACACCGUCAACGAAAUCCUUCCUAUGGAUCGACGGCAGAGUUCUGCCUCGCCGGCGGCGAAGAGGAAAUCUCCAACGCCGUCCUUUGCUAGCCUGCGGGCGUACGGCCGCGCUAUAACCGAAACUCACCGGCGAUUCAGUCGCCGCGCGGGCUCGGUGACGACAACCAGCGAAGAGAUGAGCAGAGUACGAGCUCGUUCGGGGCCGGACAUGGCUCGCACGCUUCGUUGGACGGAUCUCGUCGGCCUUGGUAUCGGCGGGAUGGUCGGCGCCGGCGUCUUCGUAACCACCGGCCGAGCCGCCCGCGAUCUAUCCGGUCCGGCAAUCAUCGUCUCCUUCGCCAUUGCCGGCCUCUGUGCUCUUCUCUCCGCCUUCUGCUACACCGAGUUCGCCGUCGAGUUGCCCGUCGCCGGUGGCGCUUUCAGCUAUUUAAGGGUCACAUUCGGGGAAUUUGCUGCAUUUUUAACAGGAGCGAAUCUGGUAAUGGAGUAUGUGUUCUCAAACGCAGCGGUGGCGAGAAGCUUCACGGCUUACUUAGGAACCGCCAUUGGAGUCGAAACAGAGGAAAAAUGGAGGAUUACCAUCGCCGGCCUACCCAAUGGCUUCAACAACCUCGACCCCCUCGCCGUCGGCCUCAUACUCAUUUUAACCCUCUGCAUCUGCUACAGCACAAAAGACAGUUCGAAGCUGAACUUGGUGUUGACGGCCACACACCUGUUCUUCAUCCUCUUCAUCAUCGUCAUUGGGUUCUGGAGAGGGGAGUGGAAGAACUUAACGCUGCCGGCGUCGCCGGAGAAUCACGCCGGAGGUUUCAUGCCUUACGGCGUCGGCGGUGUAUUUAACGGCGCGGCGGCGGUUUAUAUGAGCUAUAUUGGGUAUGAUGCGGUGUCGACAAUGGCGGAGGAGGUGAAGAGCCCGGCGAGGGAUAUUCCGAUGGGUGUCUCUGGUUCGGUGGUGAUCGUCACGCUUCUGUAUUGUUUAAUGGCAGCGUCCAUGACCUUGCUCGUGCCUUAUGAUGCGAUCGACGGCGAAUCUCCAUUCUCGUCCGCAUUCAAGGGAUCGGACGGCUGGGGAUGGGUCUCGAACGUGAUCGGCGUGGGGGCCAGUUUCGGCAUAUUAACAUCCAUCCUCGUCUCGAUGUUGGGCCAGGCCCGUUACCUCUGCGUCAUCGCUCGGGCCCACAUUAUCCCAGCCCGGCUCGCCAAAGUCCACGCCGCCACCUCCACCCCCGUCAACGCCUCCCUCUUCCUCGGCGGGUUAACGGCGACCAUUGCGCUCUUCACGGACCUCAACGUUCUUCUCAACCUGGUUACCAUCGGCACCCUGUUCGUUUUCUACAUGGUCGCUAACGCCGUCAUUCACCGGCGUUACGUGUCGGUGGGGUCCACCAAUCCCUGGCCCACCGUCGUCUUCCUCCUCUUCUUCUCCCUCUCCGCAGUCGGGUUCACCGUCGCCUGGCGGUUCCUUUCGGCCGGAGGCGGAGAUUUCAGGACGGCGGUUCUCUGCGGCGGCGCCGCGUCCGCCGCCGCGGCGCUUUGCGCUUUCAGCUGGUGGGUACCGCAGGUGAGGAAGCCGGAGCUGUGGGGGCUGCCUCUGAUGCCGGUGGUGCCGGCGAUCUCCAUUUUUCUGAACGUGUUCCUGCUGGGCUUGCUGGACUGGCAGUCGUAUGUUCGGUUCGCUGUGUUCACGGGUUUUGCUGUGGUUUUCUAUUUGCUUUAUGGAGUUCACGCGAGCUUCGAUGCGGAGGAAUCCGGCGAACUCUUGCCGGAGCUGCAGAAUUGUAUCUCUAUGGAUGAUGGCCGGCGACAGUGGGAAGGAUAAGGGGUUUAUUUGUUGAAAAAGAGGACCUUUUUUAAGGGUCUGUUUGGGUAGCAGCUUAUUUGAUGCAGUGACAUUUUAAAUAUAGAUUAUUUUAUUUGAGUGCUAGCUUUGUGAAUAAUAACUUUUUGAGUGGUGUAUAUGUAAUUAUCCCUUGUGCUACUUAAGGUGCAAUGCAUGCCAAACUUGAUGGUAUUAGGACUGUCGUCGGGACGUGCGAGACUUGCACGUCUAGAUGAUGGCUCGGAAAGACCUCCGC